UGAAGAAAGGACAGGAAUCGACAUUAAGCUCCUAACUUAUCAAAAGAUGCCAAAAGACCAUCGAUGGAGGGGAUUAAGAAUCCACGAGCAGACGAUGCGGCACUAGGGACUACUGACGCCUUCCUUCUUCCACCAGAUGAGCUACGCAACAUUCUGUAGUGACAGAUAGCAGGUGUUGCAGGGCUGGACAAAACUACGACUUCUCAAGAGCCUAGCAGUAACAUGAUUAAUUCUGAGAGUUUGCAAAAGGAAUAAGUCACCCAAAACAAAUCGCAGAAUUACACAACUGCGGUCGCCGGUUCUUCUCGGAGCCAUCCGUCAGUUGAACCCCUCUUUCAACAGUUUACGGAGCGGGAACUUCAAAAAGGGCCUCGACUUUGGGCAUGACCCUCAGGGCAAGACACUAGGGAUCCUCGGCAUGGGUCGCAUUGGCCGUGCAGUGAAGCGCCGUGCCGAGCCUUUUGGCCACAAGACAAUCUACCACAACCGGGAGCCGCUGUCAGAUGAUCUUGCUUCAGGCUGUCCGUAUGUUUCCUUCGAUAAACUUCUCAGCACCAGCGAUAUCAUCUCCGUCCAUUUUCUGCUGUCAGCCGGUACUACGCACUUGAUUGGAGCCGCAGAGACUGCUAAGAUGAAGCCCGGUGUAGUCUUAGUCAAUACUGCCCGUGGCGCUAUAAUUGACGAGGCAGCCAUGGCCGCCGCCUUGGAUGAGGGGCAUAUCGCUGCGGUUGGGCUAGAUGUCUACGAAAAGGAGUCACUGGUCGACGAACGGCUAGUCAAGAACGACCGAGCAUUGCUCGUGCCUCACCUGGGAACCCACACCGUUGAGACAUUCGGUCAGAUGGAGUUGUUAGCGAUGGAGAACGCCCGGCGUGGAGUGUGCGGGGAGAGGCUAUUGACGGUAGUUCCCGAGCAGACCAAGGCGCAGUCUGCAUAGGAGCAAGGGAUUGAAUCACACUUGUUCAUGGGCCACACAAUUUCA